AACCCCGAUGUAAAAUAUUAGCAAUACAUCCAAAUGUACUGUAUCAAUCAACCCUCCUUUCUCUCUCUUUCAUCUCCUUUGCUUCUCCAAAACCCCUCAAAAAACAUAAAAGCCAGAACAGCAGAUCAAAGCUCGAUCAGAAGAUUAAAGAAAAAAUUAAAAAAUACCGAAAAUACCCUUCAUGAUUCUCACGUCCCACCACCACAAAUCCUUUCUUCAAUCAAACUCCUCUCUCCAAUAUUCUAGUCGUUCUCCUUCCCUUCUGUAAAAAUCCUUCCCAAAAUACCCCUCCCUUCUUACAUUAUACCUUUUUCUUCUCAAAUUGCCAUCGCCCAUGACAGAAGUCCUCCAAUCCCCCUCUCACUUCCCUUCAUCCCCAAGCUCUUUAUCCUGCGCACCCCACGACUCCUUAUCCUGUGCACCAAAUGAUGCUACCUCGCCCCACAUCACACCAUCCCUUUUGAAUCAAGGCCCACCUCCUUCACUUCCUGUAGAAGAAAGCGACACAGAUAAAGAAGAGGAGGAAGAUAGGAAGAAGAAGGAGGAACAGCUAUCGCUCUUAGCGCUGCUUGUGGCCAUCUUCCGGAAGUCGCUUGUGGCGUGCAGGACGGCAGGGGGAAGGCAGGAUCUGCGGUCGAUGGAGAUCGGGUGGCCUACCGACGUGCGGCAUGUCGCCCACGUCACGUUCGACCGGUUUAAUGGGUUCCUUGGGUUGCCAGUCGAGUUCGAGCCUGAGGUCCCGAGGCGGGCACCGAGUGCCAGUGCGAAUGUUUUUGGAGUUUCUACAGAAUCUAUGCAAUGUUCCUAUGACUCUAGAGGGAAUAGCGUGCCAACAAUACUCCUGCUGAUGCAGAGACGCUUAUAUUCACAAGGAGGUCUUCAAGCUGAAGGCAUAUUCAGAAUCAAUGCUGAGAAUAGCCAAGAGGAAUAUGUUAGAGAUCAGCUAAAUAGGGGGAUUGUUCCUGAUGGCAUUGAUGUGCACUGUUUGGCGGGUUUGAUAAAGGCUUGGUUUAGAGAGCUUCCGAAUGGGGUGUUGGACUCUCUUGCGCCCGAGCAGGUAAUGCAAUGUCAGUCGGAGGAGGAGUGUGCUCAACUCAUGAGGCUUCUACCGCCAACCGAGGCUGCUCUAAUGGAUUGGGCUGUCAAUCUGAUGGCUGAUGUCGUUCAAGAGGAGCAUCAAAACAAGAUGAAUGCCCGCAAUGUCGCGAUGGUUUUUGCCCCCAACAUGACUCAGAUGGCGGAUCCUUUGACUGCACUAAUGUAUGCGGUGCAAGUGAUGAAUUUUCUUAAGAUGCUGAUCAUAAAGACACUCAAAGAGAGGGAGGAUCCUGUGUUAGCGGCCGCUUCAGCUUCCCAUUCAGACCCAUCUGAUGAGAAUGGCCGCCACAGCCCGUCGCAGCCUUGUCUGGAGGUCCCUGGUAAUGAAGAUGGAGAGGCAGACCGUGCCUUUGUUACUGAAGAACCCGUCUUAGACAGUCAUGCACCCAGCGCUGAAGAAAAUUCCACAACCGACGAUGCGGAUGAUGGUAUUCUAACGUCAAGUGAGAAGGCUGUCCUGGAUGGAAACGGGGUUUCUAACGAUGAUGCUAGCACCCCAACAAACAGGGCAGAAACUGCUGUUAAUGCUUCAAAAACGGGUGUGCAAGUCAACACCCGGAGAAGUAAGGCAGGCCAGUCAAGUAAUUUGAAUCUUAGGAAAAGUCCAAGGAGAGUUGGCGGGCUGCCAUCCCUUGUUCGGGCCCCGUCACCACCAGCUGAGAAGUCAAAGGGUGCCAGCAUUGUCAGCCGUAUAAAUUCGAGGGUCGAGCGAGUGGAAGCUUGGCGAUGAAAUGGAUGGCUCUGAUGGUGGUGGCCUGACCUGACCCACACGCAUGUUGUCACUGUAAGUUUCUGUUUGGUUUGUCCCUGUCUUUGGCUUUAGUUUGGAAGUUUGAGAUUGCUUGGCUUCUCUUUUUUUUUUUUCCUGAUUUCAUGAAAAGAUGGUUUCACAGUGUCAUCCCACACUAACUGUUUCUGUUUCGAAAGAACGACUUUCUGCCC